AUUUAUAAACAAAUAGUACUGUUCAAUUUUCAAAAUGAAAUAAUCCGUGAUUAGUGCAAAUUAAUUACGGUUUCAGCAAUUUAGAUAGUUCAAAUCUUUUCAUAAUUGAUCACAGGCGUAUACUGCACGAGGACGAUAGCUAGAGAAGUUUUUGGUUCAGAAUCAGAAGAUAGUUUUUUUGGUUCGUUGUGCUACAGCGGGAUUAACCAAACACUAUGAGCAGCAGCUACUAUUUUGCGAUUGUCGGUCACAACGAUAAUCCUAUAUUUGAGAUGGAAUUUCUGAAUGCCAAUAAGGAAGCAAAGAAGGAAGACCACAGGCACCUCAACCAAUUUAUCGCUCACGCUGCCCUCGAUUUAAUAGACGAGCACAAAUGGAAGACAAAUAAUACCUAUUUGAAAUCAAUCGACAAAUUCAAUCAGUGGUUCGUUUCCGGGUUCGUAACCGCGUCCCAUCUGCGUUUUGUGAUGGUUCAUGAUAAUCGGAACGAUGAGGGCAUCAAGAGCUUUUUUAAUGAGAUUUACGAGACCUACAUCAGACAUUUGAUGAAUCCUUUCUACACUCCAAACACUCCGAUAAAAUCUGCUGCAUUCGAGAAAAAAGCUCAGCUGUACGGACGAAAGUUCCUCGGAUCGUAAAGCAACACCUCAGUGAUAUAGAGUAUGACCUGUUAGGUUUCUAUGUUUGUUUUCCUUCGCUUCAUAUAAGAAAGUUUUACUUAUGUGUAUAUAAAAUAAA